UUUAUUGUAGACAUUUUUAAAUUCUUUUAUAGUAUAAGUAUAAAGUAAUGCCGAAUUCGAAUCAUAUUUCUUGUGGCCGAGAUUUCACUUGUGUUCCUGACAUAAGAAAUGCACUUACACUUGCUUCUGGAUCUGGCUAUGAUUUUGUCUCAGUUCCAAUUGUUCAUCCUCGAUACAAGCGCGAGUUCGACAGUCAAGAUAGCCCAGUACGUUCUGGUGCAUUUACGAGAUGUGAUUUGUUGCUACCUGGAUCAGACUGGAGCAGUUUAGUUGUAGGAAAAAUAUCGUCCUGGAUAAAUGUUGACUCCAAGUGUCCCAAAACUCAACGUGAUUCUAUUAUGGCAAUUAAGCAAGAACUUUCUUUUGCAUGUCAUCUUAGUUUACCUGCCGUUAUGAUACGUUUGAAGAUGCACGAUAAUAUCCAAAUGGCCCAAAUUAUUAACGAUACUCUUCUUCAUACUCAUGUUCAACAAAUAUGGGUUCAUGUUCCGUUGCAUUCGUUAUAUGACUUAUGUGAUAAUAAACCUAUGAAGGAAGGGUCUCGUGAACCAAUUUAUGCCAACGAUUCUUGGCAGUGGUGGAAUCAGUUACGCAACCUUUGUGACUAUAAUCGCAAACUAAAUCCUGUUCUUGAGCUUAACUCAAAGAAUAUUCAAGAUGACGAUGUUAUUAAAAGGUGGUUAGGUGAACCUCUUAAAGCAGUCAUUAUUCCUACUCAUGUUUUUCUUACUAAUAAAAAAGGCUAUCCAGUUCUUAGUAAAGAGUUUCAAGUAGUGUUAGCUAAAUUUAUUAAAUUGGGAAUCCAAUUUAUCAUUUCUGGAGCUGUACUACAUAAAAACAUAAGUUUUUAUUAUCAGUACUUAGAUCAUUUGUAUACUACUCGUGAUACAAGCGAUGUCGUAGAGCAAUUUUCUAAAGGUUAUGAAGAUUAUUUACAAACCCCGCUGCAGCCGUUGAUGGAAAAUUUAGAGUCGCAGACCUACGAAGUUUUUGAAAAAGAUCCCGUAAAAUAUGCAGAGUACCAACGCGCUGUUUAUAAAGCACUAAUCGAUAGGGUUCCUGAUCACAAAGUCAGUGAUGUUACAACGGUUAUCAUGGUAGUUGGAGCUGGUAGAGGUCCCUUAGUAAGAGCGUCUUUUAAUGCCGCUAAGGAUGCUCAACGCAAGGUAAAACUUUAUGCGGUUGAAAAAAAUCCUAACGCAAUAGUAACUCUUGAAACGUUAAAUAUAGAAGAAUGGAAUGGAUUAGUCACAGUUGUUUCGUCUGACAUGCGACAUUAUGUGGCUCCAGAAAAAGCUGAUAUUUUAGUCAGCGAAUUAUUAGGCUCGUUUGGAGAUAAUGAACUGUCACCUGAAUGCUUAGACGGAGCUCAAAAAUUUCUAAAAGAAGAUGGUAUUAGUAUACCAUCUAAAUAUACUUCUUAUGCUUGUCCAUUGUCUUCUCCUAAACUUUUUGCCGAAGUGUCGGCGUGUAAGGAAGUCGGCAAAUUGCCUGAGUCACACUUUGAAUGCCCGUAUGUUGUUCGACUCCAGAAUGUCAACUAUUUAGAUUUACCGAAACCAGUUUUUGAGUUUGUGCAUCCUAACUAUGAAAAUCCCAUUAAUAAUCAGCGCUAUGUUGAAUUACAAUUUAAUGUUAAAAAGGGUUCAAUGAUUAAUGGAGUUGCGGGCUUUUUUGAUAUGGUCUUGUACAAGGAUGUAGUAUUGAGUAUUCACCCAUUUUCGUCGUCACCAGGAAUGUUUAGCUGGUUUCCUGCUUUUUUUCCAAUUAAGACUCCUAUAUAUUGUCCUGACGGUGGCAAUGUGACUUUACAUUUCUGGAGGAAAGUGUCAAAGACUAAAGUUUGGUACGAGUGGUGUUUCACUAAUCCUCAACAAACUGCUAUUCAUAAUCCUGGUGGCCGAUCGUACUGGAUAGGACUCUUUUAGAAGUGUUAAAUAAAGUUGUUUUAUAUUUUUUA